AUGGCCACUCCUACGGAUGCAUUCAUUUCAAAGCUUAAGAGCAACAUCGCUACGCUCAGCAGCGACAAGCUGGAUCUUGAACAAGACAAAGCCAAGCUCCAACAUCAAGUCGCCAACCUUCAAGAUGAGAUCGCUGCUACGCAACGCAAGUUAGAGGUUGCCGCUCAAGCAAACAGCAGUGGCGUCGGCAAGCCUAUUGACUUCGACAACAUCGUGAAACUCGAGGACGAGCUUGCACAAGAUAGAGCGGAGUUCAAGGACUUCAUUAUUGCUGCAAAUGACAAGGUCGCCAAGGCAGAAGCCACCGCAAGCCAUUGGAAAGAAAAAGUAGAAGAUGAGCAGAGGUUCUCUGCGAGCCUCAAGCGACAGCUCGAAGAUGCCAAAGACACGAUGAAGGCUCUUCGCGCGCAGAAGACAAACGCAGAGAAAAAUGCUACAGACGCCAAGGCCCUUGUCAUGCAGCAGACUAAAGAACUUGCAAAGGCGCAGAAGCAGAAGCGCGCUGCGGAGGUGAAGUACAGCAGACAAGUUAUCUCAAGCGAUGUCGACGCUGGCAAGACGACCACCUUCAACUUUAGCACCCCGAAAGCUUUCGGAAAGCCCGUUCCAAAAUCUACGAGCACUUUUGGCCGCAAGCCAGCCGCCGCCACCAAGCCAGCAUUCAGCAAAGCAUCGAGCAAGCAUCCAGGUGACCCGCCAUCCAAGAACCAGCCUCCAUCCAAGAUCAUGUCUCAGCUCAGCAUUGGCAAGACUAAGGACAUGCCAUUCGUGCUGGAUGAAGAUGAGGACGACAUACCGCUCGCACAGCGUCGCUUCAUGAACGCUUCGAAGCGCAAGAAUGUACAUAUGCAGGAUGGAGAAGAUGAGGAUGAUGAGGAGCUGAUUCCAAUCCGGAUUAAGCGCGAGCGCAUCGAGUAG